AUAGCGGUCAUCGGCGGUGGUGUUGGCGGCGGUUCUGCGGCCUAUUUUCUGAACCAAUUGUGCCAAAGAGGUGGCCAUCAAUCGGCUCUCGCAGACAUUGGUAUCGAUUUAUAUGAGAAGAGCGGCGAAUUGGGCGGCCGUUUGGCCACUCAAGACAUUAAUGGCCAUCACUACGAGACGGGCGGAUCCGUUAUACACGAUCGCAACCAUUACGCCAAACAACUCUCAGCGGCGUUGAGUUAUCUCAUGAAACGGCAGUCAAACCCAGAAUCCGAUGAAAAGCUGUGUUUAUAUAACGGAAAGGGAUUUGAUUUCUGCGAAAGUUGUUUCAAUUUAAUCACUUAUUUUAAGAUUUGGUUUCGCUAUGGCUUUGAUGUCAACAAACUUCAGUCAAAAGUGUCCAAAAUUAUUGAUUCAUUUGAUAAUGUAUAUAAAUUACAAGAAUCGUUGGUUAAGUUUGAUUCAGUGGACCGACUCCUAAGCGCCAUGAGUCCAGAGAUUUAUAAUUUAACAAAAAUCUCGUACAAAAACUUCUUAAUGGACGCCAAAUACUCGAAGAAGUUUAUCGACGAAUUGGUUCAGUCGAUAUCAUUAGUCAAUUACGGACAG